AUGGAGUCUGACAGAGUAAGAAUUGCAAUAGCGACGAAUUCACUUGGAAAAUCUGUUGCGGGACAUGACAUCCAUUCCAAACUCACCGCCGCGAAAGUUCACGGAUUUGAUGGAGUGGAAUUGGCCUUUGAAUGCCUCGAGGCUCAUGCAUCGUCGGCCACGUUGGCGGGAAAUGGAACUCGAGAGGAUCAAUUACGUUCUGCCGCCGGCGAUAUUCAGCGCAAAGCGUCUACCUUCUCUCUGGACAUUAUUUCUCUGAAUCCUUUUGGAGCGUACGACGGACUCCUUGAGAGUAAAGACAUUGAGUCACGCUUGCAGGAGGCAGAGUUAUGGCUCCAGCUUUGCGAAAUCCUGCAUGCCCCAAUUUUACAAAGUUGUUGUUGCAUUUAUCCUGUGCAGAAGUCCCUCACACCAGAUAUCAACAGGAUCGCAAUGAACAUGCGAAGGCUAGGCCUUUUAGCCCAAAAAUAUAACAAAAUUGUAGCCUAUGAAGCGGUUGCUUGGGGCAUACACAUCGACACUUGGCAGCAGAGCCGUGAUAUCAUUGCUUUGGUUGGGCUUCCCAAUGUUCGUCUAUGUCUGGAUACCUUCCAUAUUGCGGCAAAGGAAGCAGGAGACCCCUUUAACGCAGCCGCUCCUGUUCGACCGGACGGCCUUAGGAGGCUGAGCGAAAGCCUCUCGGAGAUGCGUCGCACCAUUCAACCAAGCGAUAUAGGAUACCUGCAACUGAGCGACGCCACAGUAGCAGAUCCAGACCAGAGAGGCUAUCCCCGGCGUGAUCUCAAUCAACCACCAUUCAUGACACAAUCUCGAAAUUGCCGAAUUUUCCCGUGCGAGCCUCAUUAUGGGGGUACACUGCCUGCCUUGGAUGUGGCAAAAUCUAUCUUCGACAUGGGAUACCGAGGCUGGGUUUCCAUGGAAGUGUUUCACAUCGAUAUGUGGAAAAGAGAUCCAUCUAUACCCGGUGAAUGGGCUAGACGGGGUAUGGCUUCAUGGCGUGAAGUUACCGCUAGUUGUGGACUCCAAUCUCCCUCAAUCGCGGCGAAGCUUUAA